UGUGAUAGGCAGUUCGUUGUUCCAAAAGAGCGCUUGAAAGUGGCAUGCAUUGUCUCAUGACGUGUUCAACAAUAAAGCCUUAGGACACAAGUGAUUGUUCACAGCACGGGUAGUUAAUCUGCCCUUAGAGCUGCCGCAGAGGAAGACAAUGCUCUUUGUUCAAAGCUAUCUGAGCCAGUUGGAGAGGUUACUUUGGCACAGGCGAAGAGACAGCCAGCACAAACAAAGAAUAUCACAUAUUAGCAGGAAUGCUCCAGCUAUUUGAGAUGAUCUUGCUGAGAGAACUACAACAAGAGGGACCCUCUUGAGGAAAUACAGAGUACUUAAAGUGAGUGCACCCUGGCCUAUCUCCAAUUCCCAGCGUCGAAUGUCAAGUUAGUUUAUGCCCUCCUGAAGCUCUUCUAUGUCUAUCUCCUCGCCUCUUUCCCGCCCAUCAAGUUCCAAAAAGCCAGCCAUGUCUCCUGUCAAUCUCGGGUCGAUGCCUACCAAGCAUUUCUCGCACAUUACGAGGUACCUGGACGAGGCGACCUUUCUCUCUCUCCGUCAGGUCUCUCGGAGAAUGCACUACUUGGUGGAGCCUAUGACGGAGGCGAUCUUCGCGCGGUAUCUCGAGACCGUCGAGACGAACCUGUCGUACCACAGCCUCCUGCGCAUCCACUGCGAUCUGGCCUGGCCGAGGGGCAACCCGCUGGCGGCACUGGUCAAGAGACUGGUGAUUCGGUAUCCGUACACGGGGCCUAACUCCCCCUUCAACAGACUGGCGCUGUCCAGCGAGAUCGAGGACCCCCUUGCCCUGCCGGAAUUGUGGGCGCUGCGCUGUGAUCUCGUCACCGCGUUCACCGAGUGCCGGGACUUCGAGUUCCACCUGGACGAGCCCGCCGACUGGCCCGUGGACUGCAUCCACGCCGGCGACGUGGUGCGCGUUAUGUUCACUAUCUUCAACGAUGCGGGGAUCCCCCUCGAGCGACUCAAGAUACACACCUCGUUGCGCUCCGCUCCAAUCCUGGAGCAGCCCACCACGACCCCGUACCAGGUCCUCCAGCUCCCCAACUGGACCGUCCCCACGCUGUACCCCGAGGUGCUGCGCGGCCUGCGCGUGCUUUACCUGCACGACGACUACUUCCGGGAAUACCGCGGUACGUCGAUCGUCUGGGAGCUGCUGGAGGGCACCCCGGCGCUAGAGGAACUGCGCAUCGUUGGCAGAGGCCGCAAGCAUCCCACAGGGAACACCCUCGAGGCUCUAUCGACGGCGCGGCUGGCCUCCGCGCGGAUCCGGGUGUUUUCCGUCCGGAAGAUCGAGUCCACGGCCGAGAUUCUGCGGACGUGUAUCCGGAAGAUGGCCGUGCGGGGCCUGGAGAUGCUGGAGCUGAGGGAUCUAAUGUUGACUACGAGGGCGACGGGGGAGUCGUGGGAAGAGGUCUUGCAGAGCGUGUGGCGGAUGUGUGUCGAUCUGACGCGCAUCAAUUUCAGAAACCUCGGCGCUCGAGACGAGAGGACGGGGGGUGUCAGGCGGCUGCUGCAGACUGGGUGUCGGUUGACAGUCUCAGUAAGGCAGAUGGUCUUGGAGCAAUUGGUCGAGAAGGCGAGGAGGAUGAGAAUGGGUGGCGCCGUCCAAUGACUGCGGCUUGUCCUGGAGACAUGCUCGGUAAUGGAGAUGUGGGCUGCGCUGCUGCAACGGAAGUAAAUCAUGCACAACGUCAGAUCCUACUUGUGUGUACAGUGCCAUAAGUGCGUCUGUGUACAUACAUCACCUCAAAAAAACC